UGUUCCACAGUAGUUAACAAUGUAACUUAGCACAGGCGCCGUCAUGGACGAACCGGACACGGCAGCGAUACUUCCCGUAGGUGACGGCCCGAAGACCUCCACCGAAGAUGCCAGCGGUUCCAUGGAGCAGCAAGACGACGUCCGCGUCCGGAACGUGCGCCCACCGUUCGCCUGCCCGCGGCCGCUGCCGGUGUCGGUCGAGCCGGUCUUGUUCCUGUCCAUGUUCUCGCUGAGCCUCCAGGCUCCUCUGGCCACUCAGUACAUCUGGGACCGGAUGAGCCAGGACCUGGGCUUCAAUGGCACCAAGAGCUCCGGCUGCAGCAACAGCUCUGGCCCCGCGGACCCGCUACUGCAGGAAGUGGAAACUCUGACGGCUCACUGGAACCUGUACAUCAAUCUGGCGGGCUUCUCGGUGGGUCUGCUCAUGGUUCCCCUGCUGGGCUCCUGGAGUGACCUUGCAGGUCGGAGGCCGGUCCUCAUCGUGCCCAGUCUGGGCCUGGCCCUGCAGGCCAUCAUCUACCUGCUGGUCAUGUACCUGAAGCUCCCGGUGGCCUACUUUCUGGUGGGGCGGCUGCUCAGCGGCCUGUCAGGUGACUUCAACGCCAUCCUGGCCGGCUGCUUCGCGCACAUCGCCGACAUCAGCGACAGAAGCUCUCGCACCUUCCGUGUGGCCAUCCUGGAGGCGUGUUUAGGUCUCUCUGGGAUGCUGGCCAGUAUCAUUGGCGGGCACUGGCGAAGAGCUCAAGGGUACAUCAAUCCAUUCUGGCUGGUCCUUGCCACCAGCCUGGCUUCAGCGCUGUACGCCUUCCUCUUCGUGCAGGAAUCUGUUCACCCUGACCCCAGCGCCAGACUCCUCACCGCUCGCCAUCACAAGGCCGUGUGGCGCCUCUUCAGGACGGGCGGCAGCUCCAGCGAGGACUCUGGGAAGCUCCACCGUUACAAGCUGUGGCUCUACACCUUGUGCUUCUUCCUGGUGGUCAGCGUCCAUUUCGGGACCCGAGAGCUCUACGUGUUGUACGAGCUGAGCACGCCCCUGUGCUGGGGCUCCGCUCUGAUCGGAUACGGCUCCGCGGCUCUGCAUGUGGCCUAUCUGAGCAGCCUUGUGGGGUUGAAGGUCAUGAAGCUGUGCCUGAGGGACUCGUGGGUGGCAGUUAUGGGUUUGAUCUCCAACAUGACUGGGCUGGUGGUCCUCUCUCUGGCUGACACCACGGAGCUCAUGUUCACAGGUUACGGUCUACUCUUCCUCUUCAUGGCCACAACUCCAGUCCUCAGGUCAAAGCUGUCCAAGCUGGUGGGACACUCUGAACAAGGUGCACUGUUUUCCUCGGUGGCCUGUGUGGAGAGUCUGUGUUACCUGGUGGGGAGCGCCGUCUUCAACUCCCUCUACCCUGCGACGCGGCACUUCAUGAAGGGCUUCCCCUUCCUCUUCGGCAGCCUCCUCCUCCUCUUCCCCACAGCAAUUAUCGGGAGCCUGGAGUGUCUAGGCCGAAGGAGAAGGACUGCAGCAUCAUAAGUGGCGGAAACGUCACAUUUUUAAAUGAGCCAUAUCAGAAGGGAGCGCAACACUGACACCUGCUUUUAUGAUGUCAGGAGAGACUUUGGACCAAAGCGCUGUACUGUGAAAAAGCACAGUAAGAUUUGCAAUCUUUCAAAUGUAUGGUCAUUUUUUUACUCGCCUUUUAUAAAGCUGAUUUGUGUCUGUUGGCUGAAAAGUUGCCAUCAACUUAUUACACUUAAAUGGCUGUCAAAUAAUGACUAUACAGUAGCAAUGACUGACUCGCUGCUUUGCGACGCUACUUUGCAUUUGUCUUCAAUGUUUAUACUUUGCUGCUGUGACAAGCAGAUGUCCCGUCGUUGGAAGAAUAAAGGCGACCUAUUUAUUUUGAUCUAAGUUAUUGUUCAUGCUCGCAACAAUUUCAAUCAGUAAUGGCUGACAACGGUGCUGAUCAUCGCGGAUUCUGCUGUGCACACAUUAAUGAUCAACAGCAGAGCGAGUCAAACAGUAGUGACAGCCUGGGGUCAGUUACACUGUGACUCUCCUUCACACCAGCAACACCAGAUAGUCCCAGAGCUCAAACCCGUAACCAACACGUGCGCAAAGGUCAAGUGGCAGUUGCCCAUAAGAGGGAGAGGACCUGACAAAAUGAGUCUCAGAGGGAAUGUUAGAGGUCAAGUGAAGAAUUAAACUGAGCUCAGGCGAUCGAACGGCAAAAACGUGAGUCGACCCAGUCAGAUGUUUUGACUUUUGGCUUGACUCAAAAUCAGAAAACAGUUCAUAAAUAGAGGCUUGAGACACCUUUAAAACAGCAACACGUGGAAGUGAGUUGGAGAUGCUUUAACCCUCCGGUCGUGUUUUGGUCAAAUCUGAUCCUUCUCAUGUUUGUAUUUUCACUGCAACAUAUGUUCUUGAAAGCUAAAAUGAGCGUUAAAUAAAUAAUAGUGAUGAACGGCUUUUGUAUUAACUAAAGAUCAGUUAAAACAUACCGGUCAGAAACGUUAAAAACAUGGGAAUCCAGCGUGAUCAUGACAGAGGGAUCGACUUUAGUCUGACAUGUUGUGGUGAACAUUUGUAUUGCAGUCAUUGACGUCGCUUCCUGUCAACUUUGCAAUAGUUUCGCGAAAGAUAUCUUGAUGUCAUGUGAAACACAGCCGGUAACAUCAUGAACACACCACACGCUUGACAACGGAAUUGAUCAGGAGCCUUUUAAUGUACAUUUCAGACACCAGGAAUGAAACAAGGCAGCUUUCACAGUGUAAACAACCAUGGGUUGGUAACUGAACACGAGAAUAACAUGACAUCACAACUAAGGGCGGCAGAGAAAUAAAUGUCAAGUGUUCUCUGACUCCCAGCGUGCCUCAAUGAUGCAUUGCACUUUAUUAGGGACACAUGCAGACGCCUGCUCGUAUUAUUAUUAUUAUUAUUAUCAUUAUUAUUAUGAUCAUCAGUGCCUCCUCAC